CCUUUUGUGGUAGGGCUAAUCACUAUUUGUUUCGUUUCACUUGCUUCUAUUCUUAUCUCAAAGACCCACUUUUGAUUUUUUUUUUGUCCCAAGUUGCCUCAAUCAUUGGAUCAGUCUUUGGUUCGAAUUCGAUCUACUUUGGGAGCUUAGUUUAUUGUUUUCCAAGAAAAAUUCACUCUUUUCUUCUCUAAGUGUGUAGAAUUGUGGUCUGUGUCUUUAUCAAGUUGCAGGUGAAGAGGGUCUUCUUUGAUCUUCAAUUUUUGUUUUCUUUAUUGAUUUUUUUAGUUCUUGGGGGUGUGUGAAUAUUAGUUCUCUUCUGAUGUUUUGUUUCCAAUCACUGUUUCAACCAUCACACGCAAACUAUCCAUCUGGACCCCCUUUUUCAUACUCAAUCUCCCAUGUUUUUCUUCUUCCUUCAGAUGUGUUCUUCAUAUGCUGCUUCAAUUGCCUGAGAUUUCGUCUCAAAAUUUGAUGCUUUUGUUCAAGGAGGGGUUGCUGUGUCACACUCUGGAAUUUCCCUGCAAAUUGUUUGAAACUUCUAUUCAAAGUUAGUUUUUCUUUGGAGAGACUUAAAAAAAAGGAGAAAAAAGUGUGUGAAAGAGUGAAAACUGAAAACUGUUAAUUAUGGUGGAUCGCUUUAGGCCUGUUUCCAUUGAAGAGUUACCUUCACACUUGAUCUUAGAGAUUCUGUGCUCGGGAAGGUUAAGUGCAAUAGACCUUGCUUGCUUGGAGCUUACUUCAAAAACUUUUGGUGGUAGCCAUGGAUUGUAUCCAUUCAAGUUUAGUUCAUUGGUGGACUUUGCUGCAUUUCAGUUGUGUGCCUCCCAUAUUAUCUACUCUAAGACGAGUUUAAAUUCUCAGAAGGAGUUGUAUGAUCGAUGCGGCGCAAAUUGGAAGCGGGUCUUGAGGUUCUUACAGUCUGUUGAACAAUCCUCUGAGAUGGUGGAGACAUCAGCAGGCAAUAUGCAAAUUACAACUGGAAAGUAUCACACCCUGUUGAUCAGCAAUUCCUCUGUCUACUCUUGUGGUUCUGGAUUAUCUGGUGUACUUGGUCAAGGGCCUGAAACACAAUGCGUAGCAUUUACCCGGAUAAGUUUCCCACCUUUGGCACGUGUAGUUCAUGUAUCAGCCUCCUUUAAUCAUGCAGCUUUUGUUAUGCAAUCUGGAGAGGUAUUCACAUGUGGAGAUAAUUCAUCUUCUUGCUGUGGCCAUAGCGAUACAAGCCGACCGAUUUCCAGGCCACGUCUUGUUGAAUCCCUGAAGGGAGUCCCUUGCAAGCAGGUUGCAGCAGGGCUUAACUUCACAGUCUUCCUCACUAGACAAGGUCAUGUUUAUACAUGUGGAACCAAUUCGCAUGGCCAACUUGGCCAUGGUGACUCUCAGGACAGACCAACUCCAAAAAUGAUUGAAGUCCUUGGUAAUGCAGAUCCUGUUGUUCAGAUUGCUGCUGGACCAAGCUAUAUCUUAGCUGUAACAGCGAACGGAGCUGUAUACUCCUUUGGGUCGGGGGCUAACUUCUGCCUUGGUCAUGGGGAGCAACAUAAUGAGUUUCUGCCACGUGCUAUACAGAAGUUUAGAAGAAAAGGUAUUCAUGUUGUCCGUGUAUCUGCCGGGGAUGAGCAUGCAGUGGCACUUGAUUCAAAUGGAUUCGUAUAUACGUGGGGCAAGGGAUACUGUGGUGCUCUUGGCCUUGGGGACGAGAUUGAGAAAACUACCCCCGAGAUUGUGACCGGUCUUAAGAAUCACUUGGCUGUUCAGGUCUGUGCAAGAAAGAGGAAAACUUUUGUGCUAAUUGAUUCUGGUUCAGUCUAUGGCUUUGGUUCGAUGGGAUUCGGCAGCCUGGGAUUUCUCGACAGAGGGGUAUAUGAUAAAAUCUUGAAGCCAAGAAUCUUGGAUACCUUAAAAACUCACCGUGUUUCACAAAUUAGCACUGGAUUGUAUCAUACAGUGGCAAUCACAAGCAGUGGAAGGAUAUUUGGAUUUGGAGACAAUGAAAGAGCACAACUUGGUCAUGACACAUUAAGAGGGUGCCUUGAACCAACUGAGAUUUUCGUCAAAGAAGAUUCUUCACAAGAAAAUAUAGAUCCCGACAUUUGAAAACCUCCACAAAAAGAAACCUUAUAUUAGUUUUUGUGGUAAGGAUAAAUUAGUAAAGUUCACUGUUUUUUACUAAUGUUGUAUCAUUAUAGUAAAGAAAUUGUAACACGCAAGGCACUUAACAUUUUUCAAUAUUUAAAAUACAUUAUUAUUAGGAAUUUAUAGACUGUAAUAAUUGUCCUUAAAAUACAUUGUCACUGUUGUAAGC